GAUGUGAAUUGAAAAGAAGCGAGCUACGUACAUAAUCUGAACAGUAUCGUGUACAGGGUAGGGUAAAGGGGCUUGCAUCUUCUCUUCGGGUAGACGGUUGGAGAAUGUUGUAGUUUACAUUUCUAGGGUGAAAUUUAUGAGGUUUACGUAUCGUUUGGUCGAUUGAACGUGGUGUUCAGCAGCACCGAAGCUCGCCGCGUUCCGCCCUAUUCUGCUUGAAUUGCUUUCAGUACUCUCAGAUCCAUCAGUACGACCAGCCGAUUCAGAAGGAGAAAAGCACACUGGAGCAUAUUCGUCUUGGCUCUGUGAUCAAGACAAUUUAACAGAGGCGAACGUGAACAAAUGACAGACGGCAAUCCGGCUGAAAGGAUUAUGAUAUCUUGAGCCAGAUUUUACAGAUCUUAGUUGUUUUUCUUAUUCAUUUUUGUUGUUUUUUUGUUGCUUUUUUACUAAAAGCUGUGACUUUAUGUUUCCUACUUUUCUUUAAAUGCCCCAUUUCUAAUUGAUAGUAUGUGUCAUUUUUGUUGUCUGCAACAAAUUUGGGGUGAAGUAAUUUGUUUUUGUUCUUUUCCUGAUCUCCCUUUCACUGUAACUAGAACACGAUUGUGGGAGUGAAAGGACUUUUUUUCCAGCAUUGUUUUCAUUUGGUUUCGGUUUUGACAAACUCAAUUUAUCAAGAUAUCUUUCCGUUUAUUGCUUAAACUCCUCUUUAAUUUAGAGGAAGAAAUUACUUAAUAACUUGAACUUGAAUAACUUGAACAAACCGAAAUUUCAUUCUUUUGCGUGUUAGGAGUUGCGUCCCUGUUUUUGAGAAUUGGGGUUUCAUUGACAACAUUCAGUGAAAAGGACUAAGACGCUUAACACAAGAGCUCCUCUAGCCUAAAACUCAGUGACAUCUCUAAAUACCCAAGUGGGAGAACAUUACAAGGUCCUUCUUAGGAAAUGGGAUCUGAAAAAGAUUCUGAAUCACCCCACUCGUCUGUUAGUGGCAUUGCCAAUCCCAAAUGUCAUGGGCCUGGCAAGAAGCAAGGCAGGAUCUCCUUUCACAAUCUCUUUCAUGGUAAACGUGGAUCCAGAGGGACCAAGGCUAAUGUGGGCACUCCUCUCACACAACAGCUGCACCAACAGCAGCUUCUUCAGCCCCCAACAACCAUGAAUGUUUCAUCCGAGCCAUCUAAAGCAGACCCGGCUGAGCCACUGUCUGCCAGCCAGACCUCUCAAGGUGGGGAAGAACUCUUAGAGUGUCCCCUGUGCCUGGUGCGACAACCUGCGGAUCAACUUCCUGAGCUCCAGGGUUGCAGUCAUCGGUCCUGCCUGUGUUGUCUACGGCAAUAUUUGCGGAUCGAGAUUACAGAGAGUCGAGUCCAGCUCAGCUGCCCAGAAUGUGCAGAGCGACUGGCCCCAUGGCAGGUGGCCCUUAUCCUGGAUGAUCCCAUCCUGAUGGAGAAGUAUGAGGAAUUCCUGCUACGCCGCUGCUUGGCAUCAGACCCUGAUUGCCGAUGGUGUCCUGCCCCGGAUUGUGGUUUUGCAGUAAUUGCAUCUGGAUGUGCCAGCUGCCCCAGGCUGGUGUGUCGAAGAGAAGUGUGUGGUGCAGAGUUCUGUUACCACUGCAAGCAGGCGUGGCAUCCUAACCAGACCUGUGACUCUGCCCGACAACAGAGGGCGCUGUCCUUAAGAACACACAGUAACCAUUCACCCAGCUAUACAGCCGAGCAGGGACACAAUGAUGACAUCAAGCCUUGCCCUCGAUGUGGUGCCUACAUCAUCAAGAUGAACGAUGGCAGCUGUAAUCACAUGACCUGUGCUGUGUGUGGCUGUGAGUUCUGCUGGCUAUGUAUGAAGGAGAUAUCAGACCUGCACUACCUCAGUCCAUCUGGUUGUACAUUCUGGGGAAAGAAGCCAUGGAGUCGCAAGAAGAAGAUUCUUUGGCAGCUGGGCACUUUGAUCGGCGCACCGGUGGGCCUCACUCUGAUCGCUGGCAUUGCAGUUCCUGCCAUGGUUAUUGGCAUUCCGGUUUACAUUGGACGAAAGAUCCACUCGCACUACGAUGGGAAGAAAACAUCACAUCACAGGAGAAAUCUGGCAAUCACUGGGGGUGUGGCUCUGUCAAUCAUCACAGCCCCUGUUAUUGCUGCCGUCAGCGUGGGUAUUGGUGUUCCCAUUAUGUUGGCGUAUGUUUAUGGUGUUGUGCCUAUCUCUCUGUGCCGUGGUGGAGGCUGUGGGGUGAGCCGAGGGAAAGGACGAGGUGUAAGGAUAGACUUUAAUGAUGAUGAUGGACCUAUUACAGUUGCUGAUGCAUGGAGAGCACUGAAGUCUCCCAGCCUGGGUGAGAGCAGUUUGGAGGGAAGAGCCAGUGGCUUCAGUACCAGCUCUCCAAGUGAGGGCCUGUCAGUUGCCCCAUGCGGCCUCGGAGAUACACCCCACUUCAACACACUAGCAGGAGGAGCGCUUGGUGCUAGGGCAGGAAAAUACCGCAGGCUGGAGGUGCAGGGAACAGAGCUGGGUAAAGAAGGUGCUGUUAGGGAGACGGGCAGCUUGGGAGCAGCCAGUGGCUGUGUCAGCACAAGGGGCAUGGCAGGAUCCAUCACUUCCUCUUACACCUUACCUGACAGAGAGGGUACUAACCUUGAGAUCCAGGUGGACAUUGAAACUAAUCCCAGCAAUCUGUGUUUAACCAUCGAGGAGGAUCUGGCUCCACCCACUGCUGUGAUGGCAUCCGGUUCAGGGGAGGAGCCUCAGGACUGCAGUUCCCGCAGGACCGGGUUGUUGUUGGAUUCCCCUCUGGGACUGUCGCCUGGGAUGUCACUCAGAGAGGGUCUUCGAGAUGUUACCCUCGCUCAGCCGGAAAGCAUCCGCAGUGACCUGGAGAUGUCCGACACGCAGUCUGACGAUAUCGCGGAGCUCACGUCUGAUGACUGUGACUCACCCCACCCCGAGAGCUGCCUCUCCGCCCCACUGCCACAGACAACUUGCAGAGCCUUGAACCCCACCGACAACCUGCACUGUCCAGGCAAUGUCAUUCUUUUCGUUUGAGAGACUCUCACAAUUGCACAAACCCAAACGUGUCUGAGCUUUUGACUUGUUAACGCUUUACGAAUUAUUUUGCUUCUUUUUAUAAUGAUUAAAACACCUUACUUGCAUUCAGACAACUCAUGGAACCGACUGAUCAUCACUCUGCUCUCCUGUCUGUCUCAUUACGAGCCCGGACAGGUCCUCUACCUCUUCAGAAAUUACCUGUUAUUCAUUGGUUGGUGUUUACUUCUUGGUGCAACAAUGCUUUAAGCAAAAUAAAGUUUAAAGGGAUACUUCACCCAAAAAUGAAUUUUAUGUCAUAAUUUACUUUAGGUCAUGUCAUUCCAAACCCAUUUGAUUUUUUACUUCUCCUUAUUUGCUUUUUUUGAAUGAAAGUUAAUUGUGACCAGGGGCUAUCAAGCUCUGUGCUAUAUUUUGACUUCCGUGCUAUAUUCCAAGUAUAUUUAAGCCAUACGGUAGCUUUGUGUAAGGGAGAGACUGAAAUUUAAGCCGUCAUUCACUGAAAAUAUUUCCUUUUUCUUUAGCUUUCAAUUUUCAUUUGUGAUAUUUGAGAAUGCGCCUACACAUACUUGGCUCAUUGUAAUCGGUUAUGAGACACUUGAUAAUAGUUAUAAGCAAGCAUGAGAUUUGAGGGCUGCAGCGGAAGUGACGAUUAUCAGUGAAUUAUGACUUUUCGUCUUUUCUUCACUCAAAGAUAUCGAGUCAUAUCAAAGAUAUCAUUGAAUGUAAGAGGAUAGCUUGGACAAUUUUCAAAAUACCUCCAUUUGUGUUCCAGAAAGUCUUACAGGAUUUUGAACGACUUGAGUGUGAGAAAAUGAUGCCAGAAUUAAAAAUUUUGGGUGAACUGUUCCUUUAAAUUGGUACUAUUAUUUCCACAAGAAUUUCUUUAGAAAGCAAAUAAACAUAUAAUGAUACAUAUAUAUAUAUAUAAUGAAGUCAAAUGUCACCAAGCACAUUUAUAUGUGAGAGGCUUUUGAAUGGUUGUGACUUCCUUUCACGGAUGCUUAUAUGGAUGAUACAUUUCAGUAUUGUUUGUACGUUUUUUUCCUUCGUAUCUACACGACCUAGAAAUUACAAGUACAAGCGAAUACAAGCAGAGUAUUGUUUUGGUCGCACUGGCCCAGUUUGCACAGAAGAAAACGUUUCAUCUAUACAUGGUGAAUGAGAGAGCUCAGUACAGAGUAAGGUCAGUGCAAGGGGAUACUGAUCUAAACUUCCCUAGAAGAUGGUUUCACUCGAAUCACUGCCUGCCUUACAGACAGAGCACAUGCACUCAGUUCCCUUACACUGUCUGUGACUUACUGACAACACAGUUUGUGCCCUCUUGAGCUGAGAGAAAGGACAUGUGUAUUUGCUAUAUAUGUGUGUAUGUUUACAUUGAUGGGUAUUACAUCUUAUAGUAUAAAUGGUGGAAUGGCCAUCAACAUGCAUAUAUGUUAUUAUUAAUAUUAUGUUUUGCCUCUUUCUUUAGCACACAGCUUGUUUUUACGCAAUUGCAAUUUUAUGUUUGUUUUACCCGCUAGCUGGAUGGAUGGAGAGAGAAGGGUUGGAUGGAUGAGCACUCUUGCACUUUAUCCCAGUAUUUAUCAUUGUUCUAUAUUUUAGGCUUAUAUUUAUGCACUUCCUCUUUUUUUGUUUUUCAGCCUCUCUGGGAUAUCAUAACAUUUAGACACAGCAGUCAUUCAUAUGAUUUUGUUAUUUAAUUUGGUAUGUAAUGGAGUUCUGAAAGUUUCAUAAUCUCAACAUCCUACUAUGCUCUCUGAAUCUCUGACGCAGCUCUCAUAAUUAUUAUAUUUGGCUGCUGAGAGGAUCCUCUGCUUUUACAUUAAUGAUGGAUUAGCUUUGUCUUGUAAUCACAAAAGAGCAUUUGUGGUUUACACAUCUUUUGCUUUUUUGUUGUUGUGUGAAGAUGCUUUUGUACUUUUUAGGUUUACGAGCAAAUUGUAAAAACUACUUCACAAUUUGACUAUUAAUGUAUUAUGGUGAAACGAAUGUCAGCAACUAAAUUGAGUUAAAAAAUCAAUAUGCAGACAAGACUAAAUGUGUGUUAAAUCUGGCAUUUUUUUUUUUUUUUUUUGUACAUCCCCACAAAGAUAACUGCACUGUCUGUGAGUGUUUGAAACAACAUGACAAUAAACAUUUCCUCCUUCGUGGCAAGUUUCAUCUCUUUUCACC